AUGGCGGAAGGCAAUUAUCCCCAGGUGCGCAUUAUCGUGUUGGAGAAAGGCGAACAUCUUGAAACGAUUGUUCGACGGAUGGAAAAAGGACACUUUGUGCGUUUUCACCGUGGUAGCUCCUUACUGGGAGUAGAUGUGGAGAUUCGUACGACCUUAACAGGACAAGAGCCUUUGAAAUGGACUGAAGGCACAGAUCAUCUGGCUGCUUACUGUCAAGUGGAAUGCACAAGUGCUGGCUCAUUCAAAUAUACAUUCACUGCUGAUGGAGAGUAA